AUGUCGCUCUUCGGCACCUUCCCAGGCUCAUCGCGCGGGCCCGCACACCAUGCACCGGCAGCAGCAGCGCCCAAGGACCACAUGGUGGGCCAUCAUUUCUCGCCCUACGACUCGAACGGCGGCAGCAUCGCCGCGGUGUGCGGCACGGAUUUCUGCGUGAUCGCGUCCGACACUCGUCAGAGCACGGGCUACAACAUCCAGACGCGCUACAAGCCCAAAGUGUUCCGGCUCAACGACAAGGCGACGCUGGCCACGAACGGGUUUGCGGCGGAUGCGGAGGCGCUGGUGUCGCACGUGCAGCAGAGGUUGGAGAUGUAUCGCCAUGCGCACGGACGCUCGAUGCCGCUCCACUCGAUCGCGCGCAUGCUGUCGACGAUCCUCUAUGGAAAGCGCUUCUUCCCGUAUUACGUGUACAACAUCCUCGGCGGCCUCGACGAAGAGGGAAAAGGCGCCGUCUACUCGUUCGACCCUGUCGGCAGCUACGAGCGCGAGUUCUGCCGUGCGGCCGGCGCAGCCCAGUCGCUGAUCCAGCCCUUCUUCGACAGCCAGAUCAUGUUUAGGAACCAAGUCUCCACCCCGGAACGCACCGUCCCCACCCCGGGCCAGAUGACCCUCCCCGAAGUGCUCAAGAUUGUCAUCGAUUCGUUUACCUCGGCCACGGAACGUCAUAUCGAGGUGGGUGACGGUCUCGAGGUGUUUGUCGUGCGCACCCCCGGUUCUGCUGGUGCACAGGGCGAGGGCGCGAAGGGCGCCGCUGCGGUGGAUUUGGCCGCUUUGCCGUCGGAUGUGCCGUUCAGUGUCACGGAGGCGGUGGGAGGCGAGGACGAGCAGCAGGAGGGCGCUGUGAUGGUCAUCAGGAAGGAGCUCAAGAAAGACUGA